GCUGCCGCCACCGCCGCGGCCGGCGCUGGAACCGCGGCUCGCCGCCUGCUCGGCCGGGCGUUGGGGGCCGGAGACCGAGGCUGCCGGGAGGUGACAGCGAGCGGCCGGGCGGUCUGGGAGAGAGCAGCGGGAGGCGCGAGGACCGGCUCCGGGUGUCCGGGCCAUGAGGGCCGGGCGGCUGCGCUGAGCGGAGGCCGAGCCCGGGACGCGCCGAGGGACUGCGGGGCCGCGGGGCCAUGGAUGCGGCGGCGGCAGCGGCAGCGGCAGCGGCGCGGGACGGCGGGAGCCUGGCCGCGACCAGGUGAGGAGGCGGCGUCCGGCGCCACUGCAGCCCGCGGCGGCCUCGGAGGAAGAGGACUCGCCGCCGCGCGCCCGUCGUCGCAGCCCUUCCUGUUGGGAUUAUCUCCUGCUCUCCGCUCCUUCGCACUCCGCGAUCGAAGCCGCCAGCGGCUCGGACUCCUUCCCACCCGGUGCCUCCGCUACCCCGGGGGCCUCGAGGAGACGGACAGAUCCCCCUGGGCGGCGAGACCAUGAGGAAAUUCAACAUCAGGAAGGUGCUGGACGGCCUGACCGCAGGCUCGUCCUCGGCCUCGCAACAGCAGCAACAGCAGCAGCACCCGCCUGGGAACCGGGAGCCCGAGAUCCAGGAGACGCUCCAGUCCGAACACUUCCAACUCUGCAAGACUGUUCGCCAUGGAUUCCCCUAUCAGCCCUCAGCUCUGGCCUUUGAUCCAGUACAGAAGAUCCUGGCAGUAGGAACUCAGACUGGUGCUUUAAGGCUCUUUGGUCGUCCAGGAGUGGAGUGUUAUUGCCAACACGACAGUGGGGCGGCAGUAAUUCAACUCCAGUUCUUGAUUAAUGAGGGAGCCCUCGUGAGUGCCUUGGCUGAUGACACCUUACACUUGUGGAAUUUACGUCAGAAAAGGCCUGCCAUACUACAUUCCCUCAAAUUUUGCAGAGAAAGGGUUACAUUUUGCCAUCUGCCUUUCCAGAGUAAGUGGCUCUAUGUGGGCACUGAACGAGGUAACAUACAUAUUGUCAACGUGGAGUCCUUCACACUCUCAGGCUAUGUCAUUAUGUGGAAUAAAGCCAUUGAACUGUCGUCUAAAUCUCACCCCGGCCCUGUUGUCCAUAUAAGUGAUAAUCCCAUGGAUGAGGGGAAGCUUUUGAUUGGCUUUGAGUCUGGAACAGUUGUCCUCUGGGACCUCAAGUCGAAGAAGGCUGACUACAGAUACACGUAUGACGAGGCUAUUCACUCUGUGGCUUGGCAUCAUGAAGGAAAACAAUUUAUUUGCAGUCAUUCUGAUGGUACUUUGACCAUAUGGAAUGUGAGGUCCCCUGCUAAACCUGUACAGACCAUCACUCCUCAUGGAAAACAGCUAAAGGAUGGGAAGAAACCAGAGCCAUGCAAGCCUAUCCUCAAGGUGGAGUUCAAAACGACUAGAUCUGGGGAACCUUUCAUUAUUUUGUCGGGGGGCUUGUCAUAUGACACUGUGGGAAGAAGGCCUUGCUUAACAGUGAUGCACGGAAAAAGCACAGCUGUGCUGGAAAUGGACUAUUCAAUUGUUGACUUUCUCACCCUCUGUGAAACACCAUACCCAAACGAUUUUCAAGAACCGUAUGCUGUGGUUGUUCUUCUGGAAAAGGAUUUAGUACUGAUAGACCUUGCACAAAAUGGAUACCCCAUAUUUGAGAAUCCCUACCCUUUGAGCAUACACGAGUCCCCUGUUACAUGUUGUGAAUAUUUUGCUGAUUGUCCUGUGGACCUCAUUCCUGCACUUUAUUCUGUUGGAGCUAGACAGAAACGUCAAGGCUACAGCAAAAAGGAAUGGCCCAUCAAUGGAGGUAAUUGGGGCUUGGGUGCUCAAAGUUACCCAGAAAUAAUUAUUACAGGGCAUGCUGAUGGGUCAGUUAAGUUCUGGGAUGCUUCUGCAAUAACUCUACAAGUACUGUAUAAAUUAAAAACGUCUAAAGUAUUUGAAAAGUCAAGAAAUAAAGAUGACAGACCAAACACCGACAUUGUAGAUGAAGAUCCAUACGCCAUUCAGAUCAUCUCCUGGUGCCCAGAGAGCAGAAUGCUGUGCAUAGCUGGAGUGUCAGCUCAUGUCAUCGUCUAUAGAUUCAGCAAACAGGAAGUAGUUACAGAAGUCAUUCCGAUGCUUGAAGUUCGACUGUUAUAUGAAAUAAACGAUGUGGAAACGCCAGAGGGUGAGCAGCCGCCACCUUUGUCCACCCCCGUGGGCAGCUCCAACCCUCAGCCCACUCCUCCUCAGUCUCAUCCGUCCACCAGUAGCAGCUCAUCUGAUGGGCUUCGUGAUAAUGUACCUUGCUUAAAAGUCAAAAGCUCACCACUUAAACAGUCUCCAGGUUAUCAGACAGAACUAGUUAUUCAGUUGGUGUGGGUGGGUGGAGAACCUCCACAGCAGAUCACCAGCCUGGCACUCAAUUCUUCCUACGGGCUUGUGGUUUUUGGCAACUGUAACGGCAUCGCAAUGGUUGACUACCUCCAGAAGGCAGUACUGCUCAACCUCAGCACCAUAGAACUGUACGGCUCAAACGAUCCUUACCGAAGAGAACCCCGGUCGCCUCGGAAAUCACGCCAACCUUCAGGAGCAGGCCUGUGUGAUAUUACUGAAGGGACUGUUGUCACAGAGGAUCGCUGCAAAUCUCCAACUUCCGGUUCUUCAUCACCACACAAUUCAGAUGAUGAGCAAAAAGUGAAUAAUUUUAUAGAAAAGGUGAAGACCAAAAGCAGAAAGUUUUCCAAGAUGGUAGCCAGUGAUCUAGCAAAGAUGUCAAGGAAAUUAAGCUUGCCAACUGACCUAAAGCCCGAUUUAGAUAUAAAAGAUAAUUCCUUCAGCAGAUCGCGGAGUUCAAGUGUAACCAGCAUUGACAAGGAAUCCCGAGAGGCCAUCUCUGCUCUUCAUUUCUGUGAAACUUACACUCGGAAGGCGGACUCUUCCCCGUCCCCAUGUCUGUGGGUGGGAACAACACUGGGAACAGUGUUCAUCAUCACACUGAACCUUCCUCCAGGGCCCGACCAAAGACUCCUUCAGCCAGUGAUUGUGUCUCCAAGUGGUACUAUAUUGAGGUUAAAAGGUGCAAUCUUGAGAAUGGCAUUUCUGGAUGCCACGGGCUGCUUAAUGCCACCUGCGUCCGAACCCUGGAAAGAGCACAACGUUCCCGAAGAAAAAGACGAAAAGGAGAAGCUGAAAAAGCGGCGCCCUGUCUCAGUGUCCCCCUCCUCUUCUCAGGAAAUUAGUGAAAACCAGUAUGCAGUGAUAUGUUCUGAAAAGCAAGCUAAGGUCAUCUCACUGCCGACCCAGAACUGUGCGUACAAGCAGAACAUUACUGAGACGUCCUUCGUGCUUCGUGGAGAUAUCGUAGCAUUGAGCAACAGUGUCUGCCUCGCCUGCUUCUGCGCCAACGGCCAUAUUAUGACUUUCAGUCUGCCGAGCCUAAGGCCUCUGUUGGACGUCUACUACUUGCCCCUCACGAACAUGCGGAUAGCCAGGACCUUUUGCUUCACCAACAAUGGACAAGCGUUAUACCUUGUUUCACCUACAGAAAUCCAGAGACUCACCUACAGUCAGGAGACGUGUGAAAAUCUUCAAGAGAUGCUGGGUGAGCUCUUCACUCCUGUAGAAACACCAGAGGCACCCAACAGGGGUUUCUUUAAAGGCCUGUUCGGAGGUGGCGCACAGUCUCUGGAUAGAGAAGAGCUAUUUGGAGAGUCAUCCUCAGGAAGGGCCUCGAGGAGCCUUGCCCAGCACAUCCCGGGUCCCGGUGGCAUUGAAGGUGUGAAAGGAGCUGCCUCUGGAGUUGUGGGUGAAUUAGCCCGAGCCAGGUUGGCUUUGGAUGAAAGAGGGCAGAAGCUUGGUGACUUGGAAGAGAGAACUGCAGCUAUGUUAUCCAGUGCAGAUUCAUUUUCUAAACACGCUCAUGAGAUGAUGCUGAAAUACAAAGAUAAGAAGUGGUACCAGUUCUGACAACCAGAGUCUAAUAAAACUAACUUCAGCCAGAAGGAGGAGGCAGUUUCCUUGUUGCAGUCACUGGUGUACUGGGGAAAGAACACAAGCCGGAAGCGCGUUGCUGAAAACCGUCCCCUCCCAGCACAGUCAUGCACUAUCUUACCUCAGUCUCACGGUUCCCUGAGAACUCCCGCGUGCAGACUGCAGCAUAUGGCCUGUGCUGGCUGUGAGAUGACAACGGAGAGCUUAGCGGGGUCCCAUUCUCGGAUGGAACAUCCAAAGGGAUGUGGAGAAGUCCUUGGAUCAUUCCUGUAUUAAACUUUCAUAUGCCAAAAGAUUUUGUGCCGUGGUAUCUGCCAUCAGUGUUUUAUCCGACGUGGGGAGAGGCAAUAAAUGAGAAGUUCUGA